GCGAGGUGCUCGAGCGUCAACGAAGAAGGAGCGUUUGCACGUGUUUAACAAGUAUUACUUGUUAAUCACUUGCUCUUUGGAAUAAUUUCCACAAUUUAGAGUUUCUGGAGCUUGUAUAUCCAUAACAGACCACAAAAUGCCCAAAGUCAAAGCGCAGAAGAAGAGCAGGCAGCACCAAGAAGUGAAAAACCAAGGUAUUAUGUUCAAGACAGGAAUCGGCCAGCACAUACUGAAGAAUCCUCUGGUUGUAAAUGGCAUCAUUGACAAGGCUGCACUGAGGCCAACAGAUGUGGUUCUGGAGGUGGGACCUGGUACUGGUAACAUGACGGUUAAACUGCUAGAAAAAGCUAAGAAGGUGGUGGCCUGUGAGUUGGACUGCAGAUUGGUAGCUGAGCUUCAGAAAAGGGUACAGUGCACACCCAUGCAGACCAAACUUCAGAUAUUAGUUGGAGAUGUUUUAAAAACAACCCUGCCAUUCUUUGACGUGUGUGUUGCCAAUUUACCUUACCAGAUUUCAUCACCAUUUGUCUUCAAACUGUUGCUACAUAGACCCUUCUUCAGGUGUGCAGUGCUAAUGUUCCAGAGAGAGUUUGCCAUGCGCCUGGUAGCCAAGCCUGGAGACAAGCUGUACUGCAGACUCUCCAUCAACACUCAGCUACUGGCUCGUGUGGACCAUCUCAUGAAAGUGGGGAAGAAUAAUUUCCGUCCUCCUCCUAAAGUGGAGUCCAGUGUUGUGAGGAUAGAACCCAAAAACCCUCCACCCCCUGUUAACUUCCAGGAGUGGGACGGCUUGGUCAGAAUAGCCUUCAUAAGAAAGAAUAAAACCCUCAGCGCUGCAUUCAAGUCGACUGCAGUAGAGCAGCUCUUGGAGAAGAACUACAGAAUCCACUGCUCGGUACACAAUGUGGAUGUUCCGGUAGACUUCAGCAUCACCAAGAAAAUAGAGAGCGUUUUGAAAGAGGCUGAAUUCAGUGAAAAGAGAGCCAGGUCCAUGGAUAUUGAUGAUUUCAUGGUACUGCUUCAUGCUUUCAACUCAGCUGGGAUCCACUUUUCCUAAGGACAUACGGACACGAGUGAGGGAAAUCCUGCAGUAUCGCCUUCCUACUGAGUUCUGGGAGUUGUACAAAAAUUGACAUGUCAAAAAACUCAUAUUGAGAUUCUUACAUGUACUCGUACUAUUUAGAGUAUCCGUGAGCAUGCAUGGACAUAAGGGAGAGGAAUGUGUUUGUGUGCAGAGCUAUUAUGUAUUUAAUGUGACAUUAUCAAAAUUCAAAUAUUUUCCAGGAAACACGUGUUUCUUAAAUAAAAUCACAAGUUCCAUCUCAACAGUUA